AUGAACCAAGUAUUCACCGCCGGACAAUAUAUGGGAUUCGUAUUCGCUCAAAUCGCCAAUUGGCUUUUCCUAUACCUUAUUAUCACAAAGAAUACCAUGAAAAUCGGAACAUAUCGAUAUUUAAUGAUUUCCUAUGCAAUUUUCUCCAUAGUUUAUUCCAUUAUUGAAGUAAUAUCUCUACCGAUCAUUUUCAGCAAAGGUCCUGCAUUCUACAUAUGCGUUGGCAGCUUUCUGAAAUACAAUCGAAAUCUAGGAAUACCGUUAGCAAAAAAUUUUGAAGUUGAUAGCUUCCGAAUAGCCUACACCUCACUAUUAUAUUAUUCUUAUGACAUGUUCGGCAACAUUCAAAUCCGAUGGAGCGAAUGGAUCGGAGUGUUUCUGGUAUUCCUUAUAAUGGCAUUUUCGAUUCUAACAAUGAUCAUAUUUGGAAUAAAAAUAUUUACAAAGAUGAAGGGCGCCUCGUUUCUGAGCCCAAAAACCAAGGAUUUGAAUCGCCAACUGUUUCGGGCUCUCGUUUUUCAGUCAAUCAUCCCGAUUGUGCUGAUGAUCUUGCCCGUCAGCAUUUUGUUCACAUUUCCCAUGUUUUCAUUGGGAAUCGGAAAAUACGCCAACAUUCCAUGUCUGUCGGCCGCACUUUAUCCAGGCAUCGAGGCCAGCGUCAACAUAUUCAUUAUUCGCGAUUUUCGGCGAAUUCUAAUGUGCACGAAACGAUCUCGAACAUUCCAUCUCUCCACCACCGCUUACAGUGGAGUCCAGCGAUUAUCCGCUUAA